AUGGAGUCAACUCCAGAGAAGGGAGGUUGGGAAGAAAAGAGGUGUUUCUUUGCGGAUGAUGAAGAGAAGAGCUAUGAACCACCCAAAAAGAAGGCUCAAAACGACUUGAAGCCAUCAUCUGAUUUCGAGUUCUCUGGAAUUCCUACCAUGUCAGUUUCACAACUCUUGCAGAUUGCGGAAAAAUGCUAUGAACAACACAGACAUUUCCUGGUAAAAAAUGACAACUACAAGUAUGCUUCCGAACGGCGCCGGGCCAACAAGGAGAUUGCCCUGGCGUGGCUUGAAUCUGAGAAAGACAAGGAAGUGGUCUUGACAGCAUGUUCUCAAGAUGGCAAUGCUCUGGAGUAUGCAGCACCAGAUCUUCAAAACGAUAAGGCUGUUAUAGUUUCCGCAUGCUCCAACCAUGGACUGGCACUCCAGUAUGCAUCCCAGGAUUUGCAGAAUGAUGUGGAAUUAGUCUUGUUGGCGUGUUCGCAACACCGUGAUGCCCUCAAGUAUGCUCCCGAGGAACUGCUUCACGACAAGGGAUUCAUGCUCCAAGCAUGUGCCCAAGAUGGGAACACAUUUCAGUAUGCGUCUCAGAAACUUCAGAAUGACAAGGACGUUGUUUUAGCUGCCUGUGCUCAAAAUGGCUGGAUGCUGCAAAGUGUUCCCGAAUGUUUUCAAUCACUCAAAUUCGCCCUCGGAGGGUUGAACCAAGACAGAGAUUGCUUGAUUAAGGCAAGAUUGUGGGACGACAAUUAUGUGGACAGGAAUGCAGACACAGUCACAGAGACACAAAUCAAGAAGAAAAAGAUUGUCCUUUCCACCAAGUUUGCUCUUGGAGCCAGGACUUCUGCCCAUGCUACAAAAUUCACUGUGGAGCUCAAGAAGCAUCCUUACAUUGCACAAUCAGAGUUUGUGGUCUACUCUCCAAAUGCAUUCAACAAAGGAACUUGUGAUCCGCAGUGGACCAACAAGAAUUGGCAGUGUCAAGGAACCUACGCAACAUGCCAAAAGCCACCUCAUUUGAAAACUGGGGUACCAAAAGAAGCAGAAUCUUGUUGGCGUUACUCAUUUCGAUACCAUCUGAGUGAGGCGUCGCACUUGGGGGGAUUCAUGAUCCAGGUAGUGGACUUGAAGAAGUGGGAAGAAUUCACUUGGCCACUGACGAAUGAUGAUGACGAUGACGGUCUCUAUGAGAAUCAUGAUUUGGGAGACGGUCAGAGAAUUGAAACCAAGAUGGCUCGAGAGACUGGAAUCAAGAUAUUCCGUUUUUUUGAACCGGUGCGGAUGGGGCCUGAGCAUUAUUCCAAUUGGGUGCACCAGUUUGUGUUGGAGAUCCAAAAGUGGUACCAAGAGGGGGGCAGCAACAUGACUGAGUGUAACAUUGUGCAACAAAGAAACGUCAGACCGUGCUAG